UAAUUGUUGUAUAAAUGAAUAUGGGAAGCAAAGAAGAAGUAGUAGGUGCAAAGGAAAAGUACAGAUCCUUCUUGGAUGAUGAAGGUGAAAGCAAUACCCUUUGGAGGCAUGGUGCUCCUCCAACCUAUCAUGAUGUUAACCUACUUUUUGAACAAGGAAGAACCAAGGUGUGGCCGGAAGGAUCAUUAGAGGAAAUAGUGCAAAAUGCUAUAAAAUCAUGGGAAAUGGAGCUCUCACACAAGAUUCGCUUGCAGGACUUUAAGACCAUCAACCCUGAAAAGUUCAAGCUUUUCGUUAAUGGGAGAGAGGGAUUAAACGCAGAGGAAACAUUAAAGGUGGGAAGUUACAAUGCUUUGUUGGGAAGUUCUCUGCCAAAGGAAUUGAAGGCUUACAGAUCAGAAGAAGAGACAUUUGAAUCAUCUCAUGAAGCAUUCAGAUCAGCAUUUCCACGUGGAUUUGCAUGGGAAGUGAUUCAAGUGUAUAGUGGACCACCUCACAUUGCUUUCAAAUUUAGGCAUUGGGGCUUCUUUGAAGGACCUUUCAAGGGACAUGUUCCUAAUGGCAACAUGCUUCACUUCUAUGGCUUAGCAACUCUCAAGGUGGACAACUCUUUGAAAGUUGAAGAGGUGGAAGUUUACUAUGACCCUGGGGAGUUACUUGGAGGCCUUAUUUCAGGGGCGCACACAGAAGAGAAAAAUAACACUAAAAUUUCAGCUGCUUCUCAAGGAUGCCCUUUCUCCACCAAAUAAUCUUUUUAAAUAAAGUUUGUCUAUUUUAUGUGUGAAUUAUAUCUGCCAUUUGAUCUAGCUAUAUAUAUGCCUUAUUGAAUUGAAUCAAUUUUAUGAGGAGUUAUAGCUGAGAAUAAGAGAAGAGAAAAGGUUUGGAAUAAUG